CCCCCCCCGCUCUCUCUCUCCCCCCCCCCCAUCCCUCUGCCCGGCACCCCUUCCCCCUUGACUUCCUGGUCUUUCAUUUUCCCCCUCACCCUGGCCCUCGUCCUGAGAUCCCCGAACACCACAAGCAAACCCCGCACAACAGAUGGACCCCGCCGCUCCUGCCACCCCCGGCGCCUCCGGGGCCGGCUCCGCCCCGGCCAGCACUCCCGGCACCGCGUCCUACCACUCGGUGUCCACCAGCGAGAGCCUGGCCCAGAGCACGAUGCUCACCCGGGCGGCCGAGCGUCUGGCUGAGCGCACCUCGCGCGAGGUCUUCACCCUCGGGCCUCGGCAAGAAGUCCGCUUCGAGGUGGCUCCGCGCACCCUGCUGGCCAUCCGCCUGUUGGAAGGCACGGCCGAGAUCAGCGGCGUGGAGCUUCUGACAGGCGGGUCGGUUCCUCCGCUGGGCAGUGCCUCGAUCAGCGGCGUCUGGGAUGGCAACUCCUAUGUCUUCCCGGCCGGCGUGUCCAGCGCCGUCUUCUCCUGGACCGGGGCCCGGGUGCUGUUGGAGACCGUGUCCGUUGGCUCGGCCGAGCCGAAUGCCCUGCUCGAGUCGGCCAUGUCCAGCUUCCAGGCCGGCGGCGGGGCUGGCGCCACGUCGGACGCCGCGCCGGCCACCCCGGCCAGCACCGCGGCGGCGGCUCGCCCUGCCAAGCCUCGCCUCGAUGCCUACCUUUCGGAUGAUGUGCACUUUGCCCUGAGCGCGAUGAACCUUUUCGUGGCACUGGCACAGGAGCACGCGCGCACGCGCUCCACCGGCUCGACCGACCCCCCGCGCGUGGUUAUCCUGGGCCCGGCGGACUCCGGCAAGACGGCCCUCGCCCUGACUUUGUGCAAUUACGGCUCACGGCGAAGCCUAUCCGGCGCGGAUCUCGGCCCGGACAGCGCGGCCACCGGACAGCCACAGUCCUCCGCCAAUGUGGCCGUCACAUCGACCCCCCUGCUGGUGGACCUGGACCUGGAGCUGAAUACGCUGACGGUGCCCGGGGCCAUUGCCGCCAUGCCGGUCGAGCGGCCCUUCAUCCCCUCCUGCCUGGCCCCCUCGUCGGCGGCCCUCGGGCAGAUGGCCGGCGCCUCGCUCAGCUACUAUUUCGGCCAUACCACCCCUUCGGCACACCCGCCCACCUAUCGACGCCUGGUGGACAAUUUGGCUGGGCGCGUGCGUGCACGCACUCAGGCCGGCAUGGCCAACAUGGUUGUGAUCAACACCAUGGGAGCCGUACAGCCGGCCGCCGCCGCCGGCACUGGUCCCUCCGCCGUGGCCGCCGCCGCCGAGGCCUACUAUGCGGAGCAGCUGAACAUCGUUCGCUCGUUCGACGCCACUGUGGUCGUGGUUGUUGGCGAUGAGCGCCUGUACAAUCGGCUGCAACGCGAUCUGGUGUCCUCGGCCGGCUCGUCUGCCUCGGUGCCGAGCAUCGUUCGUCUGCCACGCAGUGCGGGUGCCAUCGCCAGGUCCCCGGCCGCCCGGCGCAUCUUGCAAAAUGCCGUCAUCGCGCGGUAUUUCCUGGGCGAUGAGCGUAGCUCUUCCCUUGGUGCCGGGUCUGGCACCGGGGCCGGGGCCGGACGCGGUGGCAAUACUGUCGAGCUGGACUCCCUGCCGCGGUCGUAUGGCAUGCGCCAUGCAUAUGUGCCCUUCGAUAAUAUUCGUGUUUUUAAGAUCGGCCUUUCGCACACGGCCCCGAGCUCCGCGCUCCCUCUUCACAUGCUGGCCGCGGCCACCGGGGCCGGUGGCGCUCCCUCCUCGCCGGGUGGUGCCCCGGCCUCCCAAGCCACGGCUGCGGCUCCCGGCACCCCGGGCGGUGCCGGUGUCUCCCCCAUUCCCCCGACCAUGACUCGGCCGGUUUUGCAAUUGGACAAGGCACGCGAUUUGACCCAGGCCAUUUUGGGUGUCUCCUUUGUCGGGCUGCCUGGGCAGCGGACGCUCUUGGGGGCGACCAUUCCACCUGCCGGUGUGGCCGCCCCGCCGGUCGACCCGCAGGCGGUGGCCGAUCAGCCUGGCUGGGACUCCGACGGCCGGCCGAUCAUCACUGAAGCCGAUCUGCUUGACACUCCGGCCAUGGGCUUUGUCCAUGUCACCGACAUUGACACCGAUCGGAAUAUGGUUCUCAUGAACAUGCCUUCCUUUGAGCGUCUCCCAAGCGGCGUCCUCCUGCAGGGGACCAUUGAGUGGUUCGACUGAUGCGAAGAGCCCACAGGGCAGGCAGCUUCGGCGGCCCACGAUGCGGGGUCCAAGCCUGUCGGUCGGUGUGCAGCCAAAUAUUCAAUAAAGAGCGUUACUAGCCCAA